CGGAGAAGUCUACUGAGUAAAGACACUCUUUUACUUUUUCGUAGUACAUGUAAAUCUGGGGAAGAUCACUUACAAAUAAAAUGACACAAACUUCAACUCAGGACAAUCAUUCAGGAUAAUAUUUCACAUUUCUUGUGGGAUGCAACUCUUUCGGCGUAGAAAUAUUUUUGACAGAAAAUCCAAGGAAAACUAUAUUUUGAGUUUUGUUUUGGCGGAUGUGUUUAUUUUGGAAAAUUUGCGGGGCGCCUGUUAGAACUACAACAGGUGUGGGAUUCACAAUUAAGGCAAUGUGAAAGAGGUGCGUGUGUUACCGCACGAGAGUUAUGCCAUUGGAUCGGAAGCCCUGCAUCUCUACCUGAAAGAACAAGCGCACGCAUGUACGCGCGUAGUUACGUGCACGCUCUUCAUGUAAACUUACUGCAUCAAAGACCAAAUUAAAGAAACACAAGACUAAUUGAUCACACGACAGAUGGAGAUUCAUAAGUACCUGUUGUAUUUGAAAAUCGCCGUUCUUCUUCAAGGGCUGUGUAAGUGUUUUAACAUUGAUGUUAAGAGGCCGCGGAUCUUUAGUGGGCCUGAAGAUGCUCUGUUUGGCUUCUCUGUGCUACAGCAUGACAACAAGGGAGAGAAAUCAAUUCUGGUUGGUGCUCCAUGGGAUGGGCCCCACAAUAACAGAAAGGGAGAUAUUUACAAGUGCGUUGUUGAAGACGAGAUCAAUUCAAAUUGCUCAAAAGCUAACCUAGGUGAAAACGCAUUUCAGAAUGUGUCUCGUAAUCCAAAGAAUUCUCAUUUGGGGAUGACCCUGACCCCUACUGCUUCAGAUGGCUUUUUGGCAUGUGCUCCACUGUGGUCUCAGGAAUGUGGUGCAUAUGUGUUCAGCACUGGAAUCUGUGCAUCUGUCACCAGUGACAUGGAGCCCAAGGAUGUCAUUGCACCCACCGCUAAGAGGUGCACCACAUACAUGGACAUCGUAAUUGUUUUAGAUGGUUCUAACAGUAUCUAUCCUUGGAAUGAAGUGCAGAACUUCCUCAGCAACAUCCUCAGCAAGUUCCACAUAAGCCCUGAGCAGAUGCAGGUGGGUGUCAUUCAGUACGGAGAGAUCUCAGUCCACGAGUGGUCUCUCAGGGACUAUCAGACAAUACAGGACGUGGUUGAAGCAGCCAAGAACAUCAGCCGCCAGGAGGGCCGAGAGACACACACUGCUGAAGCCAUCCGAAUGGCCUGCACGGAGGCCUUCAGUCCAGAGAGAGGUGCAAGGGAAGGGGCCACUAAAGUGAUGAUAGUCGUGACUGAUGGAGAGUCCCAUGAUGGAGAAGAUCUUCCCGAUGUCCUCUCUGAAUGUGAAAAACGCAACAUCACCAGAUACGCAAUAGCUGUAUUAGGAUAUUACAUCCGCGUAUUAAAGAAUCCAACGGCCUUCAUCAAAGAGAUUAAGUCUAUUGCGAGUGACCCUGAUGAGAAAUACUUCUUCAAUGUGACGGAUGAGGCUGCACUGAAUGACAUUGUAGACGCACUGGGUGAACGCAUAUUUAGCCUAGAGGGGACUCUGGGAUACAAUGAAAGCACUUUUCUAGAAGAGAUGUCCCAGAUUGGUUUUUCAACACACAUAUUGGAUGAUGGCAUCUUGUUUGGAAUGGUGGGUGCGUAUGACUGGGACGGAGGGGUCCUGAAGGAGACUUCAGAGGGGCGGCUCAUGCCCUCACGAGAGGCCUUCGAGAAAGAGUUUCCACUGGAGCUAAAGAACCAUGCAGCCUACCUGGGUUACACCGUGUCCUCAGUGGUUGUAGGAGACUGGAGGAGGUUGUAUGUUGCUGGGGCACCCAGAUUCAAACACAAAGGAAAAGUAAUUCUGUUUGAUCUCACCCCUGAUGGCGAUGUCAUAAUCACACAGGCCCUAAAUGGUGAACAGAUUGGCUCAUAUUUUGGCAGCGAGGUGUGCGUUGUGGAUGUAGAUCAGGAUGGAAUAACAGAUAUCCUGCUCAUAGCCGCUCCCAUGUUCCUGGGAGCAGGAAACAAAGAAACAGGCAAAGUCUACGUCUACUGUCUGGAUGGGGAUGGUUUCGCACCUAACGGUACGCUGCAUUCUCAGCGUAAGGUGCAGGAUGCACGGUUUGGUUAUGCCAUGGCUGUAGCUCCUGAUCUAAACCAUGAUGGAUACACUGACCUGCUGGUUGGAGCUCCACUGGAGGAUGACCACCAGGGAGCUCUUUACAUCUACCACGGCGACGAAUACUACAUCAUACCACAGUACAAACAACGAAUCGCUGGCUCCUCCGUCUCUGCCAGGCUGCAGUAUUUUGGCCGUAGCUUGAGCGCUUUGCUGGAUCUGGAUGGGGAUGAGUUACUGGAUCUUGCUGUAGGAGCACAGGGCUCCGCAGUCUUGCUGAGAUCGAGGAGUAUAGUUCAGAUCAACGCCAGCCUGUCAUUCCAGCCACACUCCAUUAAUGUGAUCCAGAAGAACUGCCACAGGGCUGGCCGAGACUCCGCAUGCCUUAAUGCCACGGUCUGCUUCCUAGCCAUGUCCCGCUCUCCUGGCUCACAUGGCACAUAUUUUGAUAUGCAAAUGGAGGCCUUGUUGGAUGACAGAAAGAUCUUGGCUCGCGCUCUGUUUGACAACAGCUCACAGAGACAGAGCCUUCUGGGCGUCAGUGUUCGUGUUGGAGAAAAAAUGUGCUCCAUGCUACCAUUUCAUGUUUUUGACACAGCUGAUUACAUUCGGCCAAUCAGCUUCACUCUGCGCUUUAAAAUCAAUGACACAGACAACAGCCCUGUUCUGGAUGAAGGCUGGCCAACCACAGUGAAGAUGUCUAUCCCAUUUUUCAAAGACUGUGGGGAGGAUGACGUGUGUGUAACAGAUCUGAGUCUGCAGGCACAUAUGGACAUUUCUGGGACAAGCAGGCAGAAGCCGUAUGUGAUUCGCGGCCCACGACGGAGGCUCGCAGUAGAAGUACAGCUCCAGAACCGUUUGGAAAACGCUUAUAACACCAGUUUAACUCUUCAUUACUCGAAAAACCUGCACUUUAGCAGUCUGAGCAUCCGGGAAGAUGUCCAGUUUAAGAUGGAGUGCACAGCUCUAAGGUCAAACAGUCACUCCUGUAAUGUGAGUUAUCCGGUGUUUCGCUCUCAUUCAAAGGUAAACUUCAUGCUGGAAUUUGAGUUCAGUUGUACAUCUCUCAACAGUAAGGUCCAGAUAAAGCUUGUUGCUGAGAGUGACAGCGUGGAGAGUGUAGACACACUGUUGGACAACAGCGUUCAGUUGCAGAGUGUUGUUCAGUAUGAACCUGAACUCUUUAUCACAAGUGACUCCAAUUUAAACCGCUAUGAGGUCCACCCCACCAGGACUAUGUCAGAGGGGACAGGGCCUGAGUUCUACACACAUUUCAGGGUGCAAAACUCGGGUUGUUACGCCAUCAGGAAUCUCGAGCUAAGUGUCAAUUUGCCGUCUGUGGCUUCAGGGGACAGAGUUUUUGCGACAGUGGUUGAUGCUUUCUCUCAGAAUGCAUCAGGUGUAAACUGCAGGAUAGUCAGUGAUGUUGCUCAGCUGAAGUCCAGGCAGCGAGAUGUACGUCCACUUCACCCAGAAGACAUGAAGAAAACUGAACUGUUGAACUGCAGUUCAUCGUGGUGUGUGGAGGUCAUGUGUAAUGUGCAGCAGCUACUGAAAGGAGAGAUGGCCAAGAUCCGCAUCACAAGAAGAAUCCAUGACAACUUCUUUAGACAGGCCAAGUUCAAAGCAGUGACAAUAGUGGGCUCCUACCAGCUGUCUGCUCGGGAGUCCAAUUUGAUUACAAUAGGAGAUGCUGCCCUCUUGAGGGAGACAGUUUUGGAAGUUCUGAAGGGGCGUUCGAUCCCAAUUUCACUCUGGAUUCUGAUUGGCAGUAUCAUUGGAGGACUGCUGCUACUCGCCCUCUUAGUAUUCAUCCUUUGGAAGUUGGGCUUUUUCUCGAGGAAACAGAGGAAAGAGGAGGAUGAGAACAGUGACAGCUGAGCACAGAGUGGAAACAAGUUUCAACCGGGAUUUUUUUUACAACCAUUACUUCCUAU